GUCGCAACCGAGUUCAGACGACGUGCGCUGGCGUCAAUGGAUUCGCCGCUCGUCACUCAACUCUUCCGCCAGCUUUUCUCGCACCGAGCAGCGCAAUGCCUGGCCCGCGGAGCUCGACCAGCGCUCACGAGCGCGCGGGUACCCCAACUUCAGCGCCGAGAGAAGGCCACCAGAUUGGGUGAGGGAGAGACAAGCAGGGAGAGCAGAUGGACACCGAGGAAGAAUGCAUUCCCGCAAGAGAGGACGGAGGAGUUCGACAGAUAUCCCAUGGUCACAUCAGACAUGCUGCGGAGCAGGAAAGAGAGACCACGGAGAGUCAAGAUGCUGAUGCGCGACUUCAUCGAGGACAGCCUCUACAAUCCGAGUUAUGGCUACUUCUCGAAGCAAGUCGUCAUCUUCUCGCCGGGCGACCCAUUCAACUUCAAUGCAAUGAAGUCAGAACAUGAGUUCUUCCAGCAGCUACGGCACCGCUAUACCGACUUUGAAGAUGCACUCGACACGCAAGAACCGAAUGACCUCCGCCAGCUCUGGCAUACACCGACCGAGCUGUUUUCGCCAUACUAUGGAGAAGCGCUGGCACGAUACUUGGUGGAGGACUACAGGUACAACUUCUUCCCGUAUCAAGACCUUAUCAUCUAUGAAAUGGGAGCAGGAAACGGAACCAUGAUGCUGAACAUUCUGGACUACAUACGAGACGUACAUCCAGACGUGUACGAGCGCACGAAGUACCGAAUUAUCGAAAUCUCAAGUCAGCUGGCAGACCUACAGCAGAAAGGGCUAGGGCACUCAGCCUACGCGCGAGGGCACUCAGACAAAGUCGAAAUCGUCAAUCGCUCCAUCUUCGACUGGAACCAAUACAUAUCCUCACCCUGCUACUUCCUCGCGCUCGAGGUAUUCGACAACUUUGCCCACGACGCACUGAAGUACGACAACGAAACCGGCUCCCCAUACCAAUCCCACGUCGUCGUCGACCCGCGCGGAGAGCUCUUCGAAUACUACUCCCGCACCCUCGAUCCCGUCGCUACACAGUUUCUCGCACGGCGACACGCAGCGUGUGAAUCAUACCCACAUCCCCUCCAAGGCUCACGCUUGAUGCAGAGCCUAAGGAGCUUGGUACCGUUCAGAACAAACCUCAGCCAGCCAGAAUACAUCCCUACGCGGCUGAUGCAGUUCUUCCACAUCCUCGCGUCCAAAUUCCCGAACCACAAGCUCAUCAGCUCCGACUUCCACAAACUCGGCGAAGCAGUCGAAGGUAUCAAUGCACCUGUCGUGCAGACGAGAUACAAAAGGCAGAUGAUUCCUGUCUCGACACCUUUGGUCCAUCAAGGCUACUUCGACAUCCUGUUCCCCACCGACUUUGAGGUCAUGGAGCCCAUGUACACAGCCAUUACGGGCAAGUUUGCGCGUACGUAUACGCAUGAGGAUUUCAUGGCGGGCAGGGCGGAUAUUGCCGAGACGAGCACGAAGAAUGGGGAUAAUCCGCUGGUGAGCUGGUACAAGAACGCGAGUGUUAUGAUUACUAUGUAGAAGUACGCCGGGGCUUGGUGUGGGGAGACUGGAGGAGCUUUGUAGGAAUACAAUACCCAGGCGUGCACCUCAUGCCGCUCAGAUUACUGCCAUGCUCAACCUCGGACUCUUGCAAGACA